AUGGAAUCACUCCUGAGAACAGUGGGAAACCUCCUACCAUACCACCUCCUCAGCUAUGGUGCCCUCCUCGGAACGGAGCUGUAUCAGAGCUUCGUCAACACCAAGAUCUGCUUCCAAGCCCUUCCAAUGAAGGAAUUUAUCGUCCUCCAAAAACGUCUCUUCCCCGUCUACUUUGCCACUCAGGUUGGCCUGACGGCACUGACAGCAGCGACCUGCCCACCCUACAGUGUCCUAUCACUAAUAAAAAAUCCGUGGAGCGCUGGGUCUCUUGCAGUAACUGGAUUAAUGGGCUGUCUUAAUUGGUUUGUGUAUGGGCCGAAGACAACAACUACUGCUUUGGUGAGAAGGGCGCUGCAAGAGAGUCAAAAUACCGAUGGCGAUUCCAAUGGGUCCAAGGUUGACCGGGCCAAUCGCAAUUUUUCGCGAAACCACGCCAUGGUCAUUCAUUUGAAUGCCAUUGCUAUGAUCGCCACUGUUGUCUAUGGAUUCUCGCUGUCGUCAACUCUUGUGGCAGGGCUUUAG